AAUAGCUUAACAUGGCAGGAGUUGCUUAUCUUCUCAUGGUUGCGCUUCUCGUUCUUCCUAGCGUGGUUUUCGCGACACAGUAUGUUGUCGGAGAUGACCAAGGCUGGAAUUCUGGAGUUGAUUACUACGCUUGGGUUGAAGGAAAAACAUUCCAUGUUGGAGAUUCAUUAGUUUUCAAUUACAUUGCAGGUGAGCACAAUGUGAUUGUGGUUGGUGCUAAUGGGUACGAUCAAUGUCUUGCAUCUCCAAACAGCGGUGCCUAUUACAGUGGUAACGACGUACUAACAUUUGUCGCUGCCGGGGACUUCUACUUCAUCUGUGAAUAUCACUGCGAUUAUAGCGACCAGAAGGUUAAGGUCACCGUGAACUAGAUUGAUUUCACUCAUGCCUGCCUUCAUCUUCUUCAGCUGCUUCAGCUUAAUAAAGAGAUCACAUGUAGUUUAUCAUUCUUCAAUAAAACAUAUAUUAUGGAAGAGACAUUAUUCCUCUUUUU